AUGGAAAGGUUUGUCACCCGUUUGUUUUUACUAUUUUUGGCCUGUAAUGUAUCUUACUGUAAAAUUCGUUACUCAAUUCCAGAGGAAAUGGAAGAUGGGUAUGUUGUUGCAAAUUUAGCAAAUGAUAUGGGACUUAAUGCUCACAGUAUACUUAAACACAAGAUUCGUAUUGCAUCGGGCACUGGUAAACAGUAUUUAGAGGCAAAUAAAGACAAUGGGAAUAUGUACAUUAAUGAAAAAAUAGACAGAGAAGAAUUGUGUGGAUCUAAGGAUACCUGUAUUCUCAAGCUGGACGUUCUAACUGAAAACCCACUUAAAAUCUUCAGUGUUGAAUUAGAAAUUACAGACGUGAAUGACAAUGCUCCUCAUUUCUCACCGCAAUCUAUAGAGCUGGAUAUUUCAGAAUUAGCAACACCAGGCGAGCGGUUUUCCCUGGACAAGGCUAUAGACCCAGAUGCCGGCACAAACUCUGUACGCACAUAUCAUCUGAGUGAAAACCAACAUUUUGACAUUGAAGUUCAGACAUUAAAGGAUGGCUCCAGGUUUGCUAAUCUGUUGCUGAGGCGUGCUUUGGACAGAGAGCAGCAAGCAGUUUACAGUUUGCUUCUGACUGCUGUUGACGGUGGUGCCCCUACACUGUCUGGCACUGCAAAUAUCACUGUCCGUGUUCUGGAUGCCAACGACAAUGCACCGCAGUUUGAUCAGCUGAUUUACAUUGUGAAUUUAACUGAAAAUAUCGCAAUAGGUUCUAUUGUCCUUAAGUUGAAUGCUACAGAUUUAGAUGAAGGGUCCAAUGCAGAAACAAAAUAUUCCUUCAGUAGACAUAUGUCAGGAAUUGCACUACAGAAAUUCUCUUUGCAUCCAAAUAAUGGAGAAAUCAGGGUCAAAGGGAACAUAGAUUUUGAAGAAUGUAAUGCUUAUGAACUGUUUGUGCAAGUAAAAGACGGUGCAAUGAUUGGACACUGUAAAGUGGUAAUACAAGUAAGUGAUGCUAAUGACAAUUCUCCAGAAAUUAUUAUCACAUCUCUGAAGAGCCCAGUUCUAGAAAAUGUGCCAAUAGGUACUGUUGUAGCUCUUUUCAGCGUAGAAGAUUUGGACUCGAGAGAAAAUGGAAUGGUGGACUGCCAUAUAUCUGAAAAUCAUGCGUUUAAACUCCAGCAGUCUUUAAAAAACUAUUACGCGCUGGUGACAGCAGAACCGCUGGACAGAGAAAUUGUCCCUGUUUAUAACAUCACUACCACCGCAACGGAUAGAGGAUUUCCUCCUCUGUCAAACAAUAAAACCAUCACUUUAGAACUUCUGGACGUGAAUGACAAUCCACCAACAUUUAAAGAGUCUUCUUACACAAUAUCUGUCCUGGAAAACAAUGUCCCAGGUGCUUUAAUAAGUUAUAUAACUGCAAACGACCCAGAUUUAAAUGAAAACCGAUUGCUCAAGUAUUCUAUCCUGGAAAGCACAAACACGAACAUGUCAAUGUCUAAAUUAUUUUAUAUCAACCCAGAAAAUGGCAACAUUUACGCACUGCUGUCUUUAGAUUAUGAAAAAGAAAAGGAUUUUCAUUUUAACGUCGAAGCCGUGGAUUUUGGUUCUCCACCACUGAGCAGCAAUGUUACUGUCAAUGUAAUAAUUCUAGAUCAGAAUGAUAACAGCCCAGUUAUUGUUUCACCUUGGCGCUCACAUGGAUCCGUAGCUGAAGAUAUGAUACCAAGAUCGGCUGAAAAAGGAUACCUGGUUACCAAAGUGAUUGCCAUUGAUGCAGAUUCUGUCCAGAACUCGCGGAUAACCUACUACCUCCUGCAAGUAACCGACCCGACCUUAUUUAGCAUAGAUCGCUACAAUGGAGAAACCCGAACACUGAGGCGAUUCGGUCUAAGAGAUUCUUAUAAACAAAGACUAGUUAUUCUCGCACGGGAUAACGGAGAACCCCCACUAUCAUCUACAGUUACCAUCAAAUUAUCAACGAUGGACCCGGAUUCAAAAGCUUUAUCUGGGAUGACCGACAUACCUUCAGAGUAUGAUUACUUUACAGAUUUAAAUCUAUAUUUGAUCAUCGGGUUGGCUUCAAUUACAUUUCUAUUUCUGAUAACUAUUAUAGUGUUUAUCGUGUUGAGGUGCCAGAGGGCUGACCACAACAGUGCACACCCUCCCUGUAGGAACAGUUACCACAGCGAAAGAAAUUCUAUGAACUCUCAACUGCGCCCGGAUUCCACCUUGAUUUCCAGCGAUGCCUACUGGCACAGUCUGUUCGUAGCAGAAUCAAGGAAAGGGAAGGUGCUUCUUAGACAAUCUGUACCCAACGGGUCUGGUUACAAUGUUUCCAGUUUACCAAAUAAUGGACAACCUAAAGAUUCCAACGACACAGUCCAGUCAACACCACAGGAUCCCACCAGAGGUUUCCCAUGAGGCCAGUGUCCUGCUGGAAUAUCAUCAGGAGGGGUUGGCUGGCCAUGGAGGACUAUCAUCCAAGCUGACAGCUCCCCUGAAGACAUGCAGAACUGUUUAGUGUUCUGCACUAAUGCACCUCCACACCAUUGCUCACCCACCUUCCCAGUUAUUUCCUUGGAGAUCACACUAUCAAGCAUGAUGCUGCAUGACUGACAUGGAACUAACAUCCAUCUGAAACAAAAGUCACACAUUGCCAUUGCUGUUGAUCCCAGCAAUUGAUUACAAAAAACAUUUAAAAAUGAUGAUUGCACCUGUUUCUCAUAUCACAGACCUUUACCUAUUAAAUGUAUUUAAGGCAAUGAAAAGAUGAUAAGGAAUUGUAAAGCCCACUCAUCAUAUCCUUAUUGUAACAUAUAUUAUGGUCACAAAACAUGAAUGUGUGAUAUCAUUAUGAGCAGACUGUUUUUUAAAGUCUGCUUUGAUGACAUUUUCCUGUCAUUCAACCUGUGUAGACUGUGGUUAAAGAAGCCAACAACAGCCUUAAGUUUCCUGAAUAUCAAACUAAAUUUAGAUAAUCAAAACAGACUUGAAAUAGUCUUUAAAUAACUCAGAAUAUAUCCCACAGUUUCAUUUUGUGAGUCAGAUGUAAAGUAAAGUACAUCUAACUGAGUGACAAUCUUAAAAGAUUCAAAAUCCUAUCAUGUUGUAAAU